UUUAACGCUCAACAAUUAGCAUAAAUUUACAUUACAUACUAUUUAUCCACUGCUGAAAGUCUUAAUAUUAUUAACGACUAUUAACUGCUCUCUUGCAGUUCGAUAAUUCGUGUUGUUCCAAAUAUGUUUAUCAACAAAAUUGUUCCGGGUUUAUCAGUGUUAUUUAUGAGUGAAAGUGAGUAUAUCUGAGUGUGCGGCGUCCUCAGGCGAGAUGCAGCAGCCUGGGGGUUCAGCCUCGGAGGUGGAGAAGGUGUUAUCUCCACCCGAGCUUCACCUGAUACGUCUGGUAGUGUGCGGGCUGCGCGCGGCGGCGCGCGCGGCGAGCGCGUCGCGGCAGUCGCGGGGCUCUGUGGAGGCGGCGGCGUGCCGCGUCAUCGCCAGGCAGGCGGGGAGGGAACACGACGAUGUUCUGGCCUUGUGGUGGAAUUUUCGAGCGUCGUCACUGCGUAAACUGCGCGCCCAUUUAGCGCGCGGCGACGUGGCGGCGACUGGUGAGCGGUUGUCUGCUCUAGAGUGGGCCGUGGUAGAUCUGCUAAUGCUGUACGACACGCUGCUUCUUAGUGUGGCGAGCUUCCACCAGCGCGCGCAGCUGGCGGCCCUGGAGCGCACCUUCGAGCUGGUGCAGCGCUUCCGGCUGGAGCCCGAGCGCGGGGGGGCUGUGUCGCCGGAACAGUGGCGCCGCGCGGCGGACAGCUACUGCAACAACGGCGUGGUGUUGUCGGCGGUGGCGCUGCAGCGGCGCUGGUACGAGCUGAAGCUGGACACGCGGCAACGCGCGUGUGCGCCCCGCGCGCCGGGCGCCCCUCGCCCGCUGUUGGUGCCCAUACACGAGGCCGUCGCGAACAGGUACCCCCACGUGGUGCACUCGCGGGAGUUGCUGACGUGGCGCGAGCUGGUGGCGGCGGGGAGGGUGGCCGAGCCUACCAGCGAGCGCGGGCCGGCGCCGGGCGAGCGUCGCGCGGGCGCCGCCGCGCUCACACACGAUGCGGAAAAGAGUGUAGAGACUAUUGAUUUACUGAAUGACGAGGAAGUCGAAAAUAGUGGUCAUAAUGAGGCAGCAGCACCAGCCAGUACUUCCAAUAUUACUCCAGUCACUACUGCUGGUAAAGAACUUAGUGGUUCAGAGAAUACUCAAAGAAACAGUAAUAGAAAUAUAAACCAGAACAAAAAUACCUCUAGUAAUGAAGGCUUUGAUAAAAAUAUAGAUAUAAAAAUUAAACCGGAAAUAAUAGAAAUAGAUGACGACGCUCCGAGCCCGAAGGAAGACAUAAUAGACGCGAUGCACGAUAUAGACUUAAAUGAUGUAGAUGCAACGAUAGUUUAUGAGAGUGAGGAGGAAGACGUUAAAACCAUCAUCGACGUUCAAAUGGGUGACGUUGAUAAAGCAGCAGAGUCUGCUACAGUUGUGAAUGAAAAUAAUGAAAACUCUAAUAUUAGUAAAGAAAAUGUUAAUUUUAUUCAAUAUCAGGAAGUGAAAGUUGAAAGCAAUUGGAGCGAUAUCUCAAACAUCAGUGAUGAAGAUAAAAAAAUUGAUAUUGAAGAACAUAGCCUUGUAAAAAAAGAAGAAUCCAGUGAUAGCGAUGAACAAUACGUUACUUGUUCUUCUCCUGAUUUGAAUAAACAAAUAGAAAAACUUAGGUGCAUCAAAGAAAAUAGUGAAAAUGUUAAUAUCAAGAGUGAAAUUGUAAAUAAUUCAUUUGUAUGCAAUAACCUUGACAACAUAGCACAGCAAUUGAAAGACGAAAUACUUAAUAAAUGUUGCGAUGCGCCGUUAGAGCUAAAUGAAGACACAAGCGUUAGUGACACUAGUCAAGAGUCAACUGAAGAUAUUUCUGGUAUCGAUCCCAAGCUACUGAUGUGCCCGGUAAUACUAUUACGAAGAAUAGAUGAGCCAAGGCCUAUAGACAAACUACCAUUACCGAUCCAUAGACAAUCAAACACACAAAAAUAUUCCAAAACUACAUACAGCAGAUUAUUUUAUGAGAAAAAUAAAGCUAAAUUGUUUUAUGAAAGAAAUAUAUCUAGAUCGUUCUAUGAGAAAAACAAAGCACUGUUAAAACAAUGCAAGCCUUGUAUGGUGCCUUUGAGGAGGGUGGACGAGGAGGGGGGUAGAAAUGUGGGGGGUAACGGGAGGAAGAGAGUGCGACUGCCGGAUAUGGAGAAAGUGAAAAGGAAUAAUCGUGGUAUAUUAACGGCGGAGGUAGCGCCGCUAGUGCCUAUGCAGAGUGCCACCAUGGUAAAGCGAGUGCGACCCAAUCCAACCUACAGCGAUCAAUUUGCGACCUCAUCAUCGACUUUACAAGCUUCUGGUCCAAAUCCCUUACAGUACACGUUCCAACCUUCAGUCCCGCCGCCAUGGACACUCAUUCUAAGCCAAACUGACACACAACCAGACAGGCGCAGACAAGACCCAGAGCCAUCUUCCUUAUCGGAACAAUUGCAUGUUGGCAACACUUAUCAGAAUUCAUCAGUAAUUAAUCCUGCAUCACAACAAAACUAUUUCAUAAUUCCUCCAACUCAGUAUAACAUGCUGCAAUCCCAAGACGGCUCUUUACUUCAAAAUCAAAGUUCUCAGAGCCAAUUACAGAAUUUAAAUGCUCCUUUGCAAAGUUUCAUGUCGAAUCCAAUGUUACAAGCACCUAACACAAGCUGGCCACAUGGUCUACAACAAAAUAUAACAAAUCACUGGCCUCAAAUACAGGGAACAGAAAAUGUAUUUACAAACAUGUGCCCGUCUGUGCUUCAGACACUAGGAACAAAAACGACAGCAACGGGAAUUAUACCAACACCAAACAUAUCAACACAGAAUUUAGCUAUCCAAAAUAUAUCCACACAGAAUAUGCCAACGCAUAAUAUAUCAACAAAAAAUAUGGCAAUACAGAGUAUAUCCACACACAAUGUAGUUGCGCAAAAUAUAUUAACGCAGAAUAUAGCAACGCAAAAUAUACCGACACAGAAUAUGUCAACGCAAAAUAUAUUAACGCAGAAUAUAGCAACGCAAAAUAUACCGACACAGAAUAUGCCAACGCAAAAUAUAUCAACGCAGAAUAUAGCAACGGAAAAUAUGGCAACACAGAAUAUAGCAACGCAAAAUAUACCGACACAGAAUAUGUCAACGCAAAAUAUGUCAACACAGAAUACGUCAACGCAAAAUAUAUCAACGCAGGAUAUAGCCACGGAAAAUAUGGCAACACAGAAUAUAGCUGCGCACAAUAUAUCAACACAGAAUAUGACAAUGCAGAAUAUAGGACCGCAAAAUCAAACUCCAGAAACUCAGAAUGUAACUUCAGUAGAUGAAUUAGCAACAGGUAAUAUAUUAACUCAGAAUACAACAAUGCAAAAUAUAUCGACACAAAACAUAGCAACUCAAAAUAUACUAACACAUAAUAUGGCAGCAUCAAGUAUAUCAACACAGAAUAUAGCAAUGCAGAAUAUACCAACACAGAAUAUAGAAACACCAAAAAUAUUGAUACCCAACUGGGGAUUGGCCAAUAUGGCUGGCGUGAUACCGUUGACGCAGACAAGUUUCAACCAGCCUAGUCUAACGAUUGACGGAACUUUACUGGCACAAAAUUUCCAAGGCAUUGUUCUAAAGCAACAAGAACCUUUAAACCAAUUUAUAACUGGCUCACAACCUAACCCGUUUAUAGUGAACCCUUCUUGCGUUAACACAGCGCCUACAUCGACGCUUCUGAACCCACAGUCUACGGUUGUUACCAACCAAGCCUUGCUGUGUGGGUCGGUGUUGCAAAUCAUGCAGCCUGCCCCUGAUGGUUCUACCAGUAUGUCUCAACUAAAUCAGGUUGAAGAUUCUACCAAUUCUAAAAUACUGCAACAAAACCCGAUUGGAGGUUCUUCCGACACCAGCGGUAACAUGGACGUGGACGGAGAAACUAAAGUGGCAAGUGAUAGUUGUUUGAAUACUAAAGAACUAGUUGAUGUGCUUCAGGUUGUGCCUGUGGAGAAUCUUUUUGAAAUGAUACCGACAACCUACACGGAGGAGGUGAAAAUUUCAUACAAAAGUUCAGGCAUCCUUGACUGGGGCUUGUUUCCGCUCUCGCCGUCUUAUUUAAUGAAAGAGAACAAACUGGACUUCAAGCGCGUUCUGUGCACCGGCCCGGGCCAGGGCUGGCUGAAGGGUCACCUGGUGGUCAGCGACCAGCAGAGGCCGCCGCCGGUGGCUGCUAUAUGGUCAUUAAGGCCUAGGGUCAGACUGCUGCUACCGACGUCAGAGGAGGACUGCAAGGAUGGUAGAGCGGCCCCGAACGUGUCCUUCCGAGACCGACUGUACCAGAAGCUCUUCGACUAUCCACUCACAUAUGCUAUGAUGCUGGUGGCGGUGGAGUCCGCGGCCGCGUGCCGGCAGCUGCUGUCGCGCGGCGCCGCCCUGCAGCUCUACUGCCUCGAGACUGGAGUCCUGCACCCGAUACAAACGCAGCGUUUCGACAACGGCUCGUUGAUCCUGUCCGGCGACGCCGACGUGGAGUCCCCGCUGGCGGAGCUGACGCGCCGCCUGCACCCCGCUCCCUCCGCGCCGCCGCCGGAACCGUCCGCAGCGUCCGCGCCGACUGCGCCAAUACUCAGCGCGCUCAUCUCCGCCGCGCCGAGACCGCUAUCCGCUCAACUACCUGAAGCUGUGGUGACGGCGCCGAUGUUAAGCGCGUUGAUUUCUGCGGCGCGAAAGCCUCCAGAGCCGAAGUCUACCUUUGAAGCGGGAUUAGGUUCGCCAUCGUCAGUCUCAUCUGAAUCUGAUGAACGAUCUACGUUGUUUGAAUUAUCAUCAGUCUCAUCUGAAUCUGAUGAACUAUCAUCAGUGUCAUUUGAAUCUGAAUCGGCGCCCACGCCUCCUCCACUGUCACCCAACCCGGGCCCUUCUGCAGUGAUACCGUCCUCGCAACCGGCUCCGGAACAAGUGACAUCCACACCGUCUGCGUCAGUAGCAACAACUUCAGUACCGACCAGCUCGACUUCUCAAAUACAUCCCGCGCAGACCGAAGAGAGAUCCACGGCGAUACGACCUAAGUUGAAACCGAAACGAAACGAAACGAAACCAGUAACAACAGUGACUGCUCUAAUAGCAUCCACGCUAUCUUCAGCAGCAACCAAAAUUACUGCUCAAAACACGCAGACGGAGCCAACACACGCGCGGAGACGAUCAAAGAGACGACCGAAGUUGAAACCACCAGCGGCGGCGAAAGAAAUGACGGUGACUGCUCUACUGGCAGCCGCGCUGUCUUCAGUGCCAACCGAGUCGACUGCUGAUAUACUACCCGCGAAUAACACGCAGGCGGAGACGAAACCCGCGCGGAGACGACCAAAGAGACGACCAAACUCGAAACCACCAGCAUCGGCGAAAGAAAUAACAACGGUGACCGCUCUAGUGGCAUCAACGCCUUCAGCGGCAACCAAAAUGACUGCUCAAUUACCACUCGCGAAUAACACGCAGGCAGAGACGAGACCCGCGCGGAGACGACCAAGGUCGAAACCACCAGCGCCGAGGAAAGUAACAAAGCUAAUUGCUCCAGUAGAAUCAACGUUGAUUGAUUCAGUACCAACCAAGUCGGUUGCUGAAAUACCACCCGCGGUGAAACGGCCCAAGUUUAAACCAUCCAUACUAAAACCACCAACUUCAAAAUCAUCAGCGACAAAAACUCCAGCUCCGAAACAAACAACGACAAAUCCAAUGUUGAAAACGUCAAAGCCGACAAUACUAAAGUCGAAACCAUCCACGCCGAAAGUAGCGGCGCCGACUGUGCCGAUAUCCGUGCCGGCAAUAUCCACAGCAAAAGAAGAGAAUACGCAAUGCGACUGGAGCGUGUUGUCGGAAGCGGAGUUCGUAGCCAACUACCGCCUGCCCAGGCGCCGCGUGCGAGCCCUGGCCAAGGAGCUAGGACCACUCAUACAGAACCAUUGCAUUAGGAAAAUCUUGUCUUGCCUGCGGUACUUAGCAACGGACACUGCGCGCCCCCUAGCGGGCGCCUCGGAAGUUAUUGAUGCGCUCAACCAUCAUACUUUUAUCAAUAAGUACAUCACGUUCCCUCUGCAGGCGAAAGCGCGGGAGACAGUUACACACAGGUUCAAACAACUAUACAAGCUCCCUAACGUACUGGGCGUGGUCGACGGGGUGCAGAUAGCAAUACAGGACGUGCCUCCGGCCCAAGAAGAGGCCUUCCUCAACCGAGCCGGCUUCCACUCGCUCAACGUGCAGCUUAUCUGCGACGCCGACCUGAACAUACUAAGUGUGGACAACAGCCAGGGCGGCUGUGUGCAUGACUGCGCCAUCUGGGCGGCACAUCCGCUGCACCUGCAGCUGCAACGCCAGCAUGACGAAGGAGAACGCGUUUACUUGCUAGGAGAUUCCGGCUACCUCCAGCGCGUAACCCUCAUGACGCCCUUCCCUACCGCCUCCGACCCCUACGAAACCCUCUACAACUUUCACCACUCCCGCGCCUGGAGCUCCAUCAAACAAUGUAUCCACAUGCUCCGACAACGAUGGAGAAGACUCACUAUACCACUGCCAGAGAAUAAAGCGAGAAAAAUCAUCAACGCUUGCGCAGUCUUACAUAAUAUGGCGCAGCAAUGUAGUGCUCCGGUACUUCCGCCGGAUGUAGAUUUAAAGGAACAGGAAAGGAAGGAUGCAUUGUUAGAGGAGCAGCAGGAGAGCGCGGUGGUGAGUCUGGUGACGGCGCCAGACAGAGACAGACUGCUGCGGGAGUGGAAGAAAGGUGUUGCUGCUAGGAAUCUUCUCGUGGAAUCGUUAAAAAGUGCCAUCGAAUCUGGUGUUAGAUGAAGUUAAAGUGGUUAGCCUAAUUUUUUAAAUAAAAGUAAAGGCUUGGGGCCGAGAACGCUACCCUGUGGCAUUUCAAUGCAGAUAUGUUUUUUCUUACUCAUUGCCAGACAUAGGAAUCCGCGGGGCAAUUGUGAAUUAAGACUUUAUGUUUGUGCACUUAUGGUAGUAAUUACAACACUAUAGUUAAAAAUUAGUUUUUAACUGCCUAAUCGUUAUAAAACGGCCUAAAUUUUGUUGUAAUUAGUACCAUAAGUGCAUAACAUAAAGUCUUAAUUCACAAUUUGCCCCGCGGAUUCCUGUGUCUGCUCAUUGCCUUCUUAAUUUUUACUAUUUCUUGUCUAUUUUGUAUAAGAGCUAAAUUCUUGUACGAUUCAAACCCUCCUAAUGCAUCUAAGUUACUACAGAAAAUGAGAAUUGCAAUGUAGACCAAUGCCUUCGAUUGAUCCGAUAUGACAAAUUAAGAACUGAUUUUGAAAAUUUUGCUAAAACUUUUUGCCUAUUUUUAGUAAAUGUAUUUUUCUUUAAUUGCCAACGUUGUUAAACAAAUUGUGUAUCAGCAUAAUCGUAUAAGCAAAAUCGUUAUAUUUCUUUGAUUUUCGAGAUCUAAUCUGGUUAUUUUUUACAAUCUUAUACCAUGUAAAUAAAAUCAGUAGUUAAUUUUAUUGUUAAGGAUCAAAUAAUGGUUUAGUUUUGUUAUUACAACAAUAAAGUGUAUUAAUUA